UCUCUCUCUCUCCCUCUCUCUCUCUCUCUCUCUCAGGAUGCCAGCAUCAUGGAGUGUUGUCCAGGAAUGAGGUCGGAACAUGUGACCAGGACAUCUUUCACAAUGUUUCCAAAAGUGCGAGUCCCUUCUCAGAGCGUCCACCUUUGGGUGAUGCUCCUCUGCACGCCGGUUCUGACCCGGACUUCUGAGCCGGUCUCGGAGGACUUGCAAAACUUUACUGCCGCGACGGCGCCGGGUAACUGGACCGGCGCCACCAUGCAGCUGCAGCCGGAGGGACUGACCACAGCAAAGGUGCAGACGGAGACGCCGACCAGCAACUACACAGGCGUGUCUUGUGUGGCCCUCCUGCCACCACGUGGAGGUUCCUUCUACGUGGAAAGCGGCACAGGCAUGUCUGUGGGCAGCUCUCUGGUCUUCUGGUGCCGUGAGGGCUUCCAGCUGCUGGGCAGUCAUAAGAUCCACUGCCUCGUCCGCAACGGGAACGCCCGCUGGAGCGACUACCUGCCCGAGUGCCAAGGUGAGCUGCGUGUCGCGCCACCACCUUGGUUGCCUCACCACUUCUUCUCCCACCCCAGCCAUCCCCAGGCUGGAGGACCGUGGAUUGAGAGUCGCAGUGUUGGCGUCGGUGGUGAGCGCCAUCGUCAUCCUGGCCAUGUCGCUCUCCUUCCUGGUGUGCUGCCUGCAGGAACGCUGCAGCAACACCAAAGAUGUCGUCAGCAGGCGCAGAGAAAAGUCUUCAGCCCGUCACAAGCAGCCAUCAUCAAUCAAUCAAUCAUGGCUGGAAAGAGAAGAAGACGAGUGGGAGAACUUCCCCCCUCCCAACAUCUUCCCUCUGUCUCAGAGGAUGGCAGCAGACAGCGCCCUCUACCUGCCUGGAGGCCUCGGGGGAUUGGACAACAGAGGAUAUCACAGGAGCCAAGAGAGUCUUCUAAAGGCGCCCCCACCGGGGGUCUACCGCUCCGAGUCACAGCUCUACCCGCACGUGGUCCUGCAGCGGGGCCUGCCUCCGACAGCACCCUCUGCCCCGCUCUACCUGCACCUUCCCACGCCAGCACACCCUCAGCCUCACAGCAUGGGGGGGUACCCCGUGCCCAUGUACCCCCCCUACCCCAACACCUGUGUGCCCGCCUUCCACCACCACCAGCAGCAGCACGUCCCGGCGCCCACCUACCCCGACACCGCACCCACACCCCUGCAGCCCUGGCACUGAGCUGGACUCAGACCGCGGGGAAGAUGGACGCUUGUUGUCGGGGUUAAAGGUUGGAGGUUUUGUGACCGCGGGGAAGAUGGACGCUUGUUGUCGGGGUUAAAGGUUGGAGGUUUUGUGACCGCGGGGAAGAUGGACGCUUGUUGUCGGGGUUAAAGGUUGGAGGUUUUGUGACCGCGGGGAAGAUGGACGCUUGUUGUCGGGGUUAAAGGUUGGAGGUUUUGUGACCGCGGGGAAGAUGGACGCUUGUUGUCGGGGUUAAAGGUUGGAGGUUUUGUGACCGCGGGGAAGAUGGACGCUUGUUGUCGGGGUUAAAUGAGUGUUUGGUCCAACUGCAGGAGUGUCCACACUCUUUUCACACUGAUACAUUUUGGACGCUCAAAACAAUCCAAUGUCAGUCCACUCAAAUUAUUGUUUCCCUUUCACGUUUGUUGGUGGAAGGUCUUAGUGACAUGUUUCAACUUGACUUCUACACUGUCAAUAAAAACUAGUUGUUAAAUAGCUGCAACAUCAAACUAAAUGAAGAGGAUUCCUGCAGACCAAGAAGUAGUACUACUAAAGUACUACAUUUAUCAUAGGUAGAAAACAUCUACAAACCCCGUUUCCAUAUGAGUUGGGAAAUGGUGUUAGAUGUA